AUGCCGCUGGCGGAGCUGGUGCAGGGAGGCGGCGGCGGCGGCGGCGGCGGCAAGCAGGCCAAGCCGCCCCGCGCACCGCAGCAGCAGGACAUCUGCUCGCUGCUGGUGCGGGUGCUGCUGCGCGUGACCGAGGGUCAGCCGCUGACCCUGGAGACUGUGAAGGCCGCCUGGCGCGAGCUCUCCUUCUCUCACGUCUUUGAGGCGCACCGCCCCGCCACCACAGUGGAUCAGCAUGUGCAGCUGCUGUACGCCGCAGCGCUGGAGCGCCUGCUGGCUCCCAUCGCCUCCUCCGCAGUCACCCGCGCGCUGCAGCCGCUGCGCAAGCAGCACGAGGACGCGGCGGCGGCGGCGGCCGAGGUGGAGCGGCAGCAGUGCGAGGAGGCAGAGCGGCAGCAGGCUCACCUCAGGGAGAUGCUGCUGCAGGACUUAGAGGAGCACCAGGAGGAGGGGGAGGAGGAGGCAGCCACGGCGGCACUCGCAGCAGCCCUGCCCCUGUUCCCAGGCGACGACGGCGGUGGGGCGCGUCCGCCAGCCGACUGCGAGGCAGCGACAGACCUCUUUGGCACAGCGGCGCUGGGCCCGGGCUCGGCCCCGGGUCCAGCGCCACUCUCGGCUGUUGCCCCUGCUGCUGCAGCAGUGCCGACGCCGAUCCUGGCAGAUGCAGCAGCAGUGGCGGGACCCGCAUCUGCAGAGCAAGUGGCCGCCCUACCAGCAGGGACAGCAGCGGUAGCACCUGGCUUUGUGCCGCCCCUACCAGGCUCUUCAACUGAGCUUCAGGCGCUGCUGCCACCGCCGCAGAUGGUACCGCUCAUGGCAACAGCGGGCUCCACCACACAGCUGGCCGCGCUGCUGCCAGCAUCAGCAGCGGCGGCGCCCGCUGCGCCGGUGCAGAGCUUGCCAGCGGCGACCGGACCAGGCAGCAUGGCCUCACCGCCGCUGUCUGUGGCAGGAGCGGUGGCGGAGGAGGUUGAUUUGGAGAGUGUGAUGCUUGAUUUUGAGGAGGGGCAGCCGGGGAGGCAGCAGGAGCAGCAUCACGAGCAGGAGCAUGCGGGGCAAGGGCUGCCGCCGCUCGAGCUUGACCUCGGCGCCGGCAUCAGCCAGCAGCAGCAGCAGCAGCAGCACGAGGGUCCGCCGCCGCCGCUACAAUCGGAGCAGCAGCCAGGCACAGGGCCCCAGCACAUGCUGGCAGAGCCUGACCCCGACCAGCAGGCACCUGUGGCGGCGGCGGCGGUGUUGGCAGCAGGCAGGCCUGGCACUGGCUUUGGCCAUGCGCCGCUGCUGGCCAGCGGGCCGCUGCUACCAGCAGCAGCAGCAGUAGCAGGAGGGUCGGCAGCAGGUGCCGGGUGGGUGGUGCCCUGGGCGCCUGGGUUUGCCUGGCCGGCGCCUGGAGCACCCAUCCCCUUCCUGCUGCCUCAGCCCGCCCCGGGGCCACAGCCGCAGGCAGCCCAGCAGCCCGUACUGCUGCCGCUGCCCACAGACGAGCAGCUGGAGCAGCUGCGGGGGCACAGCCUGGAGCUGCAGGCGGCGGCGCUGCUGGCGCUCUUCUGCCUGCACGCCGCGCACCCGCCCAUGCCGUCCCCCGGCCUACGCAGCGUGGGCGAGGCAGGCGCUGCAGGGCCCGGCCCCGACACUGCUGCCCUUGAAGGCGGCGGCGGCGGCGGCGGCGGCGGCCAGCCCAGCGGCGUGGGCGGCGGCGGCGGGCGAGUGAAGAUUUACCUUAGCGCGGAGCACCAGCAGGCCCUGCUGGGGUUGGUGCCGCAGCUGGCACGUAGCUGCCCCGACGCGCUGGCUGCGCUGCGCCAGCUGCGAGCCGCUGGUGCCCUGGUGCUGGGCGCCAGCCGCCGAGUGGUGGCGCUGCCGGCGGAGGCGGCAGGCGGCGCGGAGCGCCUGAUGCCUGUGCCGGGCCUGUUCCACGGGCUGCGGGGUGAGGAGCUGGCGGUGGCGCGGGAAGUGAAGUACCAGCUCAGCAGUACCCUGCGGGGCCUUGGUACCGCCAAUCUGGCGCAGCUGUGCGGCGGCUACCAGGACUCGCUGGCCGCGAUGUGGCGCAAGGUGUCGCCCGCGGCUGUCGUGUCUGCCGGCGCGGGCCCCUCGAGCCGCGCCGCGCAGCCGCAGCACCCCGAGAGCAUAGCCGACCUGCGGCUGGGCACCAUGCUGCAUGAGUUCACCGAGCGCAAGCACGCGCAGCUGCAGCUGCUGCUGGAGCACGGGCGCAGGGGCACGGCGCGGCUGCUGGCGCAGGCGGCGGCCGCGACGCGCGCCCAGCUGGCGCAGGCGGCCACGCGGCGGCGCGGGCAGGCGCGGCACCGGUUCAAGGCGGAGCAGGAGCAGCGGCAGCUGGCGCGGCAGGCGCGGCAGCCUGGCGGCGGGGAGCGGGAGCAGCCGGUGCUGGAUGGCGCCGCCGCUGCGCCCAGCGCCGCCACCGCCACCCAGCACACCGCCGGCGCCUUUAGCACCGCUGCAGACUUCAAGAAGCAGCGCAUGAAGAAGCAGCAGCGGGAGCGGGGGCUGCGGCAGGCGGCGGCGGCGGCGGCGGCGGGCGGGGACGAGGCGGCGGGGGCAGCCACCGGCUUCCGUGGCAUCAUCACCCAAGUGCAGCGGCGGGAGCAGCAGCGGGAGCAGGAUAUCCGGCGCAGGCAAGACGCGUGGCGUCAGCAUGCGGGUCUGCCCGCCGCUUCGGCGCCCGCUGAGCUGGAGGAUGGCGGCGGCGGCGGCGCGGAUGAGGACUCUGACAUGCCAGACCUGCCUGACAUGCACGACUGGGAGGCCACAGCCCCCGCCGCCUUUGGCAGGAGCCAGCCGGGCGCCGCCACCACCGCGCUCGCUGCCACCGACGACGACGACGACGAGGGGGAUGGCGAGGAGGAGGCGGGGCACGGCGGCGCUGCUAGGGAGAGGCAGCAGCAGCAGGAGGGCGGCAGCAUUGGCGUGUCAGCGGCGACCGAGGCCACAGAGGCGACGGUGCAGCAGCCUGCGGCGGUGGCGCGUGGCAUGGCGGCAGCCAACGGCGCAGUCCACGGGAGAAAGGAGGGUGCAGGCGCCAAGGCAGGCGCCACAGCGGCAGCCAAGCCGCCAGCAGCGAGUAUGGCUGCUGCUAAUGGCAAGAAGCAGGCUGCCAAGGCCUCACCCAAGAAGGCGGCAGCCAAGCCACGUAAGUCAAAGCAGCAACAGCAGCAGGAAGGGGAGCAAGAGGCGGAGCAACAGGUUGGUAGCGCUGCCGCCGCCACCGCCACCGGCAAGCAGCGCAAGCCCGCCGCUGCCAGGGGCCAGAAGCGGCAUGCUGCCAGCAGAGCUGGGGCAGCUGAACAGGAGGGGAGCGCCGCGCCUCCAGCAGCAGGCAGGGGCGCCAGGGGCGCCAAGCGAGCUCGGCCUGCGACAGCGGCAGCUGCGGCGGCAGCGACAGCAGCGGGGCAGGACGAGCAGGACGCUGAGAUUCGGGAGCUGCAGCGCAACCAGGCUGAGGGGCUGGCGCUGAUCCAGCAGGCAGAGGAGGAGGAUUAUGACGCUGACGAACCGACGCGGGGCCAGGCCGCUGCAGCCGGGACCGCGCCAGCAGCUGGUGGCCCGGUGCCGGCAGCGGCAGCACCAGAUCGCCAGGCGGCAGCAGAGGAGGGGGGCCAGGAUGCGCCUGGAGACCAGGGGCUUUCUGCUCCUGCUGCCGCAGCAGCCGCAGCACCAGAGGCAGCAAACGGGCCAGCUGCUUCCCAGCAGGCAGGGGGCCAGAAGACACGUGGUAUGACGUCCAGUAAGGCAGAGCAGCAGCCGGCAGCAUCAAACGUUACCACCAUGGCAAACGGUGCAAGCGAGCUUGGCGUGGCGUCAGCAGAAGCAGCAGCUGCAGCGCCGUCAGGCAAAAAGCGCCGCGGGCGGCCUCCCAAGGCCAAGCAGCAGGAGCCGCAGCCCACGCCCACCUCGGCCGUUGCAGAGAGAGGAGGCGACGGCACAGCAGCAGAGCCACCGGCCAAGAAGCGGCGAGGCAGGCCUCCCAAAGCCAAGCAGGAGCAGCCGCAGCAGGCUGCGCCACAGGCGCAGGAGCAGAAUGGGGCGACCGCGGCCCCCAAGCGUCGCGGCAGGCCGCCCAAGCCCAAGGCUGCCGCUGCUGCCGACGAUUCCGAGCCACCACGGCAACCGCUGGCGGCAGCACUGUCUGACAGCGAUGAUGAGCGGAUGGAUCCCGCCUACUGGGGGGCUGCAGCUGCCGAGGCGGCCGCCCUGCUGGAACAGGGCGAGGAGCUUUCAGACUAG